CCAAAUCACUGAGGGAGAUUCACUGAGGGAGCUACCCACUCUGGGUCUCUUCUCCACGGAGAGCUGGACACUUACUGGGACAACCUGCCUGCGGAAAGGAGCUACCUACCCACUUCAAGUUUCCCGAGAGCUGUUCUGUCACUCAAUAAGGCUCCUCUCCGCCUUGUUCACCCUCUAGUUGUCCGCGUACCUCAUUCUUCCUGGAUGUGGGACGAGAACUCAGGACCCAAUGAAUGGUGGGACUGAAAGAGCAGUAACACAAACAGGGCUGAAAUACGCCCUCCUCCCCUCCCCAUGCCCCCGCGACUUGCCACGUUGCGGGUGAUGUGAAGGAGAGAAGUGCUGUGGCCCUUCAGGGAGCCCAGACCUAGGGGAUCCCUGAGCCAGGGCUGCGACACCCUCUAUGGGGCUCUGCGGUUUCUGGUAUCUUCAAACUUCCGGGCACCACUGCAUUCCCCUUGUCCAGACACAGUGCCCACAGCAGAAGCCGCUUGUGGUUCAUCAGAUCCAGCUGCAGACUUGCAUGGAACCGGCACCUUUGCCGGCGCCUGGAGCUGCCUGCCCGGCUGCAGCAGCUGGUGUGUCUGGCUGUGCGCAGUGGCCAGACCCUGCGUUUGCUCGCCUGCACACCCCUCGCUGUUCCGUGCCCGGCUCACUCUUGGCAGGCGUGGAAUCCUGGCUGGUAGCAUGAGCUGAGCGCAGCCUGCCAGGCCACGUCAGUGGAACAAGCCUAGCGGGCCUGAUCAAAACUCAGGCAAAGGCACCACUGGUCACAGAGCUUUCUAGCUGGAAAAGCAACACCCGAAGGAUCCCGUGACACAAUCAACAUGCUAGGAGAUCCCUGCCACCCUGAGAGGCUGCAGGAAGCUGCCUCCAUCCAGGCCUUUUCACAGAAGGAGAAUUGCAGAGACCAUAGGAUUUUUCUACUCACAGGAACAGAUGGUGUCCGGUCAGGAAGAUAAAAUGCUUCAAGGAAAGUGCAAUACGGAUUAUAAUACUGAUGAUCUGAGACUCUGAUAAUGACUCUGAGAUGAUUCCCAAUUCUGUGAUGAAUCAUCUCAGAAUGACUCUGAGAUGAUGAUUCCUGAUUCUACGAUGAUUGAGGCAGAUCUCACUGGUUGGUGAAUCUAGUUGGUAAAGCUGAGGCAUCACAAUACCUUCAUUUCUUUCUGAGGAAAGCUAAAGGCGAAAGAAUUCAUCACUAAAACUGUACUAUGAGAAAUGCUAAAAGAAGUUGUUCAGACUGACAGAAAAUUAUACCAGAUGGACACUUGAAUUUACCCAAAGGAAUGAAGAGCACCAGAAAUGGCAAAUGUGUGGUCUUACUGUAUCUUUAUGUCAGUGUCAUACCAAGGACAAGACAGCAGAAAUGGUCCACUCCAGUUGCAGACAGUAAAGACCCUGUAGCUCCAGCAUCAGCUUACCAUUCUGGUUUUGAAUUUCAUGCUUAUUACUGUCCUGUCAUCACCUACUGUUUCCAUGGUAGACUGGACUAAGAGAUGGGCUUCGUGCCUUGGGCAAGGGGCAGCUUACUCCUGGAAGAGGACUGACUCAAGGACCCCAGAACCCCAAGAAACAGGGAAUCUUCCACAUUCAUGAAGUUCGAGAUAAGUUGCGGGAGAUAGUAGGAGCAUCCACAAACUGGAGAGACCAUGUGAAGGCAAUGGAAGAAAGGAAGUUACUUCAUAGUUUCUUGGCUAAAUCACAGGAUGGACUGCCUCCUAGGAGAAUGAAGGACAGUUAUAUUGAAGUUCUCUUGCCUUUGGGCAGUGAGCCUGAAUUACGAGAGAAAUAUUUGACUGUUCAAAACACCGUAAGAUUUGGCAGGAUUCUUGAGGAUCUUGACAGCUUGGGAGUUCUUAUUUGUUACAUGCACAACAAAAUCCAUUCAGCCAAGAUGUCUCCUUUAUCGAUAGUUACAGCCCUGGUGGAUAAGAUUGAUAUGUGUAAGAAGAGCUUGAGUCCAGAACAGGACAUUAAGUUCAGUGGCCAUGUUAGCUGGGUCGGGAAGACAUCCAUGGAAGUGAAGAUGCAAAUGUUCCAGUUACAUGGUGAUGAAUUUUGUCCUGUUUUGGAUGCAACAUUUGUAAUGGUGGCUCGUGAUUCUGAAAAUAAAGGGCCGGCAUUUGUAAACCCACUCAUCCCUGAAAGCCCAGAGGAAGAGGAGCUCUUUAGACAAGGAGAAUUGAACAAGGGGAGAAGAAUUGCCUUCAGCUCCACGUCGUUACUGAAAAUGGCCCCCAGCGCUGAGGAGAGGACCACCAUACAUGAGAUGUUUCUCAGCACACUGGAUCCAAAGACUAUAAGUUUUCGGAGUCGAGUUUUGCCCCCUAAUGCAGUGUGGAUGGAGCAUUCAAAACUGAAGAGUUUGGAAAUUUGCCACCCUCAGGAGCGGAACAUUUUCAAUCGGAUCUUUGGUGGUUUCCUUAUGAGGAAAGCAUAUGAACUUGGGUGGGCUACCGCUUGUAGCUUCGGUGGUUCUCGACCGUUUGUGGUAGCAGUAGAUGACAUCAUGUUUCAGAAACCUGUUGAGGUUGGCUCAUUGCUCUUUCUUUCUUCGCAGGUAUGCUUUACUCAGAAUAAUUACAUUCAAGUCAGAGUACACAGUGAAGUGGCCUCCCUGCAGGAGAAGGAGCAUACAACCACCAAUGUCUUUCAUUUCACGUUCAUGUCGGAAAAAGAAGUGCCAUUGGUUUUCCCCAAAACAUAUGGAGAGUCCAUGUUGUACUUAGAUGGGCAGCGGCAUUUCAACUCCAUGAGUGGCCCAGCGACCUUGAGAAAGGACUACCUUGUGGAGCCCUAGGAACACCACAUUUGUUGAAAACUAGCACUCCACCCACAGUGACGUGGUAUCUGAUGAAGACCUGAUCGAGUGUAUUGAUUUUAGUGUUGCUUCGUGUCCUCCAUACAGGAGGAGGAUGUAUUCAGCCUUUAGGAUGAUCAGAAAAGCAGAAAGAGAGUGGCCAGAUGGGCUGAGGGGAGAAAGAAUUAUUAAACAAUAAAUACUUUCAAAACAAUUUUAAUUGUGAACCUA